AUGAUUCAAGUUGAAGAUGGUAGGUACUCAGGACAACAUAUAAAAAUGUAUGAUAUAUUUACUAACAUCAAAGAAGAUGAGAGGGCCAAAGAAAUGUGUCCCAUAUGUAAGACUGAUAAAUACUUAUCACCUAACAUGACUUUUCUAAUAAACCCAGAAUGCUACCAUAAGAUAUGUGAAUCAUGUGUAGAUAGAAUCUUUUCAUUGGGACCAGCGCCAUGUCCAUAUCCAAAAUGUGGAAAGAUAUUAAGGAAAAACAAGUUUAAAAAGCAAGUAUUCGACGAUCUUAAGAUAGAGAAAGAGAUUGAUAUAAGAAAGAGGAUAAGCGCAAUUUAUAACAAGACAGAAGAAGACUUUAAGGAUUUGAAAGAUUAUAACGAGUACCUAGAAGGAGUUGAAGAGCUUGUAUUCAAUUUGAAUAAUGACAUUGAUGUGGAGCAAACUGAGGUAAAAGUUGAGAAAUAUGAGAAUGAUAAUAAGAUAGAAAUUAUUGAGAGAAACUUGAGGGAAAGUCAAAAGAAUGCUGAUUUGAAUCAAUAUAAAGAAGCUCUAGAAAGACUUAGACAAGAAAAAUUGAGAAUUCAAAAACAGAUGGAGGUUGAAGAUUUGGAAUAUCAAAAACAACAGGAGGAAGACUUACUACAAAAGUUGUCAUCAUCGAACGCUAAUUCUGAAGAUCUUGUACAACAAUCGCAAACUAAUUUAAUCAAGAGGUCUUCUUUAAGAAAAAGACAACUUCAGCAAAUCAGCAACCAAUUAGAAGAACAAUUCCUGUUGAGUAACCCUCUACUGAAGAAUAUAAAACUGGCUGAGGAUAUGACAACUCCUUUCACACCUUUCAAUGGUGAUCGGGACCUUCAAAAGAGAUAUCAUUUAUUACCAGUUCCGCGAGAUAAUGAUGCCUUAUUCAAUGUAGGCAACAAGAAAUCAGAUAGCUAUUACGAUCCCAACGUCAACAAAUUGGCUAAAAAUAAAGAAUAUUUGGGAGCGGGUUGGAGAUUACAUACAGUUUUUGAAAGAGCGUUAGACGAAGCUUUCAUGGGAUUAGGUUGUUUUAUAGAUACCGAAAAGCAUACAUAA